AUGACACAGUCGCCCGUUCAGUCGCGCUGGAUCAUCCUGGCAUUAGCCAGCGGCGCAUUCGCAGCCCUCAAUGGCCUUUUCGCUAAGCUAACAACCGAUGAGCAAACCACCGCGUUCGCCAGGAGUAUCUUGCAUCUAUUCGGCGCAGGGGAUCAAAAUGCGUUCCUUGAACUGUUGGUUCGAGGUGUUUGUUUGGGACUCAAUGUUCUGUGUAACAUCAUCAUGUGGGCGCUCUUUACGAGAGCGUUGACCGCGGCGCCCUCCACCACAAAGGUCUCCAUCACUAACACGUCGGCAAACUUUCUCAUCACUGCGUUGCUGGGUAUGGUUGUCUUCCGGGAGAAGGUGAGUGGGCUGUGGUGGUUGGGGGCUGGGAUGAUGGGUGGUGGGUGUAUUCUGGUUGGGAUGAGAGAUUCAUAA